AUGAGUCUGCAGACCCAGGACAACAGCUCGAAAGAAGAUGACUUGUCUCAAUCUUCCCUUUCCACGAGCGAAAACCAGAACACGGCCCAGCAGGCUGAGAAAGCAGAAGACUCAACUCCGCACGAUGAUGGACCUCCUGAUGGCGGGCUCUGUGCCUGGCUGGUCGUUGCAGGAGCUUGGUGUUGUCUUGCCUGCUCAUUCGGCUGGAUUACAUGUAUCGGUGUCUUCCAGGACUACUACGUUACCCACCAAUUGAGCAACUACUCUUCAAGCACCGUAGCCUGGAUCCCAGCAACCGAGACGUUUCUCAUGUUCGCGGGAGCUCCGAUCUGCGGCAGAAUAUUCGACAGUUACGGCGCUCGGUGGCUCGUCAUCGUGGGCUCCUUCUUCCAGGUCUUUGGAGUCAUGAUGAUCUCCCUGUGCAAGGAGUAUUAUCAGUUUUUCUUGGCUCAGUCGAUAUGCAGUGCCAUUGGCUCCAGCUGUCUUUUCUGGGGUUCCAAUACUGCUGUUGGCACUUGGUUCCAUAAACGCCGUGCCUAUGCUCUCGGCAUUGUAUCCUCUGGGUCGUCGAUUGGAGGCUUGGUUGGAACGGCCAUGAUUCCAAACCUCUUCAAUAGCAUCGGCUUUGGCUGGACGAUGAGAAUUGUCGGAUUCAUGAUGUUGGGCCUGCUCAUCGUAGCCAUUGCAACGGUCAAAUCGCGCCUUCACCACGUACCCAAGCGUUUCAGUCGUCCGAGCAUCGCGAACCUGAUGGCGUCGGAUCUGGUUCAACCUCUUCGUGAGCCACCAGUGGUUCUACUAAGCUGCGCUGGCUUCUUCUUCUUCAUGGGCGUCUUUCUGCCGUACAACUUCCUCAUCUCAGAGUCCGUCUACUACGGGAUGUCCCAAGAGCUGGCGAACUACACGCUCACCAUCCUCAGCGCGACCAGCAUAUUUGGUCGGAUCCUUCCUGGAUGGAUAGGAGAUCGAUUCGGCCGCUUCAACAUUAUGAUCAUCACCUCCUUACUCUCCACUAUCCUGGUCCUGGCGCUCUGGAUUCCGGCCAAUUCAAAUGCUCCUAACCUAGUCUUCGCAGCGCUGUACGGUUUCUCAUCUGGCGCAUUCGUCGCGCUGGUACCUGCCCUGAUCGCGCAGGUCUGUACCGACAUGAAGAAACUCGGGUGCUACAUGGGGGCGGCUUAUAUCGUCAUUUCGCCAGCGAUUCUCAUCGCGCAACCCGUUGGCGGUGUUCUGAUCACAGCUGAUGGUGGAGACUUCACCUGGCUACAGUUUUACUGUGGCGUCAGCAUGUUCGUGGGUGUCUGCUUUUUCGUCCUCUCCCGAGGCGCACAUGGAGGAUUUGGAUGGAGUCGGAUCUGA